AUGUCAAAUCCGGCGCCGGUCCAGUUAAGCCACGGAGACACCUCCGAGACGGUACGCAUCGUCAUCAACAAUGGCGGCGAGAACGGCAACGUGGCCUUUGAGGGCGAUGCUUCAAGUGGUGCUGGAUGGACGACCACAUUGAUGGAUCCAACGAGGUCAACCACGGGCCCAGAACAGAGAAAAGUCAUGUUCAACACCACUUCUUUUAGCUCGCACGGCGACGGAUCAUACGUCAUCACGGUAGACAGUGCAACUCACACCAUCAGGUUCAAGCUUGCCGACGGCGUCCAGCUCAGCAAAGCUACUUGGAAAGCAAAAUCAACAAGCGGGAAUGAAACGGUCAUUUCGACGGUAUCCGCAAGCCAGGAGAAUCCGGGAGUAGGCUCUGGGAUGACGACCUUUGCGGGGGCCUUACCAACAGCGGCGGCUUCUGGUGUAAGGCGUCAAGAGUCCAAUGCAAUGACCCUCAAUAACGAUAAUCUUGUCAUGCCGAUCAAUGCUCAGGAGAUGUCAAUCUAUGCGAACUAUACUAUGUAUAUUGAGCUUCAGUGGAUAUCGGAAACCAAAUCCGGCACGACGACGAGUGGGGCUUUCGCCGUCUUCACGGGAGCCUAUCCAUCUGAAGAGUACAACCAGACAGUCGGAAGACUCGCGGACAAACGCGGUAGCAGUGCCACCGAGGCUUCUGGCAGUGAAGAUGAGAGUGACUCGACGUCAACGCUGCCAACGUCCGUCAUUCAGGCAACAGCCACCUCUACGGCCUCUCUCAACCCAAAUGCAUCGCAAACAACCAUCAGCGGCGGUUCCAGUAGCAGCAGCGGUAGCGGAGGGAGCGGAGGCCUUGCGCCCGGUGCCAUCGCCGGCAUCGUUAUCGGCACCGUGCUCGGGCUCGCCCUCAUUGCAUUCCUGUUGUGGUUCCUCCUGCGCCGUCGCCGCCGCCGCGCAGACCACGUCUCGGACGGCGUGUACGGCCCCGGACACAACCCCCACGGGUACCUCGCCGACAAAGAGACCCAUGCCCGCGUGACCGAAUCGCCGCGCUCCCCAUACACUGACGACGGACAGCACCAGCAUCGCUUUCACCAGCCGCAGCAACCCCAGGAACAGCACCACCUCGCGCGGGAAUUCCAUCAAGACGAUCAUGGUCGCGAUGACGCCCUUGAGGCAGGCGGCGCGGUCCCCGCCUCGGCCGUUAGCGCCACGGAACACCACCAGCGUCCCUUUGCGCCGUACAGCGAGGAGCACACGUCCAUGGCCUCGCGAUCCGCCGAGGACAUGACCCGCAGUGGCGGCGGCGGUCCGCGCUCCUCGACGCCCAACGUCAACUCCAACGUCGCGCAUCUGAUUGAGGACGGUAUGACGGAGGACGAGAUCCGGAGGCUGGAGGAGGAAGAGAGGGCGUUGGACGCGGCGAUUGAGCAGGCCGGGCCGCGUCGGAAGCCGUAG